CCGCAGCUGCCGGGCCCGACGCCACCUCCCCUUCUCGGGGCGUCAUCGCAGCGCUCGAAGGACUCGCGUCGAGCCGUAUUCAGUGGAGAAUCUUUUUGGCGUUUCACGCUCGCACCGGAGGCCAUGGGUCGUAAGCGGUGCACGACGCCGUGGCCACUGUUAGCCGUGCUCGGUGGUGCUCUCUCACUGCUCUCAGCGCCGGUCUGGGCGCAGGGCGCCGAGUCGGCCACGCGCAACUACGAGGACGACCUCAACGACGUGCUCAAGGUGGCGGUGGAGAAACUGCUCCCGCUCGUAAUGGACAUUGUGACGAGACCCGAGGUGUCAACCGACUGCUCGACAAGCAUGCUAAAGACCUUCGUGGCUCUGCGUCAACAGAAGGCUUGGGCCAUAAGGAUGGCCAUGUCCAACGCCAUGUACGCACCCAACGCCCUGGAAGGCACUUACGUGGCAAUGGGAGGCUAUGACCAGUGCCUUCGCACUCGGGUGCGCUCGUCCGAUGGUGAGCUCUAUUUCAAGGGCCAGUACUGCUCCGUGGUGUUUUCCCUGCCCGCGGGCUACUACAGGCGCUUCAUCGAGUCCUUCCACGAGGUCGGAGAACUACAGGGUCGCCUCGACCCCCUAACGGCCUCAUCACCGGAUCGAGAAGGCGUGGACACCCUCGGAGGACUUUGCGCGCCCUCGAUGUGCACGAGGCAGGACCUCACCUUUCUGGUCCGCUCACUGAUAAACGAGUACGGAGGUAACGCCACAGUGACUUCCUGCAGCACUGAUGACGCCAAGGUGGUGAACUCAGUUCAAGCGUUUUCCAUAGCAGUGCUCUGUCUUUUAGGUGUCCUGGUCGGCGUGGGCACCACACUAGAAUGGCUUCCUCAAGCCGACCUUCACGCUCUCAGGAUCAAACGAGGAGGUACUGUCAGGCGUGUUCUGCUGGUCUUCUCUGCAAUAACGAACACCAAGAUCCUCCUAAGAACGACAGUGAAGACCCAAAACGAAGCUCUGAAGUUUAUAUGUGGCUUGAAAGUAAUCAUGACCUUCUGGGUGGUACUCGGACACGCCUACAUCAUUCUGCCAAUGGGAUAUUUCCAUGCGGUGUUCGCAAUGGAUUCCAUGACGGAGAAUUUUACAUUCCAGUUUAUCACUAAUGCCUUCCUCAGCGUCACAAUUUUCUUCUUUUUAAGUGGAUUUCUGCUGGCGUACGUCGCAGUGGCGUCUCGAGAAGUUCUCGCGAGAACGAACCCAUUUCUUCUUUACAUUGUGCGAACGUCGCAACGAUAUAUCAGGUUGGUAGUGCCUGCCAUGGCAACAAUACUCGUGGCUUUCCUGCUGCCGCUCUUCGCCUACGGUCCAGCUGCGAACGACGCGUACAGCCAGUACAUCCACGGUUGCUACAGCAAAUGGUGGAUCGUGCUAUUGCAAGCAAAUAACUUCGAUAACUCCGAGCACGUGUGCUUGCAACACAUGUGGUACAUCAGCGCAGAACUUCAAAUAUUCCUAGUCGUCGCAUUUCCUCUAGCGCUGCUGUUUAUUAAGCAUCCGAGAGCGGCAGCUAUCAUCGGAGCUCUCACGGCCGCUGCGUUCUGCCUUAUGACCUGCGUCCAGAUCUACUCGUGGGACCUGUUCUAUGCUUUCACGAGUGGGUCCAAUGACAUGAGGAGAGUAAAAGACACGCUGGAGCUCAUCUACUUCCGCCCCUUCACGCACGCUGGCUCGUACAUCAUCGGGGUCAUGUGCGGCUACGUAGCAGCGCAGUACAAGAACGUCACAAUAAAGCCGAACGUCGAGAUGGGCCUGUGGCUGGUCUCAUUGGCCCUGGCCUGCGGCGUCUUGUUCGCCUCGUUCCCUUGGAAUCAAGGUCAUUUGCCAGACGCCAUAACCAACGCUCUCUACGGGGGAUUCCACCGGCUCCUCUGGUCGCUCGCCUUCUUCUGGCCGUCGUACGCCUGCGCCACAGGUCGUGGAGGUGUCCUGAACAAUAUGCUGUCUUGGAGUUUUUUCUUGCCGCUGUCGAGGCUGACUUACGGGAUCUACCUAAUACACGUCCCGCUCUAUAUAACUCGCAUGCUUCGCUUGAGGAGCUACAUCAACACGGACGAGUUCUUUCAGCUGACAACCGCCUUAGGGGUGUUCUUGCUGAGCGUGGUGUUUGCCUACCUGCUGCACGUGUGCAUCGAGGCACCCACUGUGCGGCUCCAGAAGCUGCUGUGCGAAGGGGACACCGGCGACACCGUAGCAGCGACGCCCGUCAACGGAAAGCCCCGUAACUUGAACGUGGGCGCCAUCCAGAAGUCGGCCGUGUAACCGUUGCUAGGGCCUGUGAGACACUCGACAUCCAAAAGGGACGCAGUUCUCCUUUCAGUUUCAGCUUCCCUUAAACCGAUUGCUCAUUCUUGCGAAACAGCGCAUGCCUUCAUUUCCAUUCGAUCCCUCGGCGCGGUGGCGUGCUAUUGUUAAGCGUGAGGCUACGGACUUGAUUCCAUGCAGAUGGGACCAGGGUGGAAUGCAAACAGACUCGUAUUCCAAGCAUCGGUACGCAUUACAAAAACACGGCAGGGCAAAAUUAAUGCUGAGUCCCAUACACCACGGCUUAUCCAUCAGCUUCUAGUUGUGGUGGUUCUAAAGAAUUACAACUGUCGUCGUGCGUUCUCCUUCUGCUGAUAUGAAGUGUAUGAGAAAUAAAAACUGCAGUUUUCUGUCAAAGCCAUAUACUAAACCACAUUUCCCACGCAAGCGGGCAUCUUGGCUUGAGCUAGAGCUUGCUCGCAGUACGACUACGGUAUGUGCAACACAAACCGCAGAGCCCUCAGUCACCAGUUCGGCAGCACGUAAAUCAAAUCAAGGACACGAGAUUCAUCUGCGUGAUUCACAGGAACUUAAAUGAGACCGUGUGCAUGGUACAACCCAAAUGUUCAAAAUGCACGCUGUGCUUAGUAUACGCUGUUGUGCACGCUGUAGUGUAUGUUUGCAUCACCACAGCUUGCAACUCUCCUCUUUCCUACAGUGACAGCCGCGAUAGCAAAUCUGAUGGUAACAGGCCUUCCUAUUAUUGGACGACUGCAGAUAACUACCGCGGUUCAGGCAGUGGACGAGGUACUGCGUCAAAGCCUCCUAAGUAAAUGAGUUCGGAGUUACGGCAUUAACCUAGUUUACUUAUGUUUGCGUUAAAAAUCACACAGCGUCAAUAACGCCGACGAGACAACUGCCCUGCACACCUGUGGUGUUCCCCUUGUCAGCUUCGUCAGUGCACUACAGAAUGAACAGUUGGGUGGUGUUAUCCACAACUGUUGCUCUUGUUCACCUGAACCCUGCGGCUCCAGAUGAGCCUUCGUCUUCAUCGUCCACAUGGUGGUGUGUGCACGAAUAUAGACAUUUCAAGCCGAAUAAAAUAGGCAUAUAGUAGUUCUAGAACCAAAUAAAAGAUAUUACGAUGAUUUUUUCGAAUACUGAA